GCCCCGUCUGUCGCGACAACAUUUUUUCUAUUAAACUUAGCCCUCUUUUCACUUCAACGACGUUUUCCUUCAGAUAACAGCCGCUCUCACCUCAAUAUGACUCGAAGGUGAUCUUCAGAGUGUCCAGGUGGUUCUGGGGUUCCAGGUUGGUGUGGUGAGAGAGCAAGCUAAUUGCAGGGAGGAGGGGACCGCCUGGGGCAUCUUGUCCCUGGCUCGCAAGUGACUAAGGCAGGGGCUUAGCAAACUGUUCUGCAGCAUGGAGAAAGAAGACCUGAAGGUCCUCAACAAAGGGGAAGAAGAGGAGAUGGAGCUGCAGGGCUACCGUCUAUGUCGUUGGCGGCUGGCCCUGGUGGGCCUCGGGGUGCUGUGUACAGGAGGCUUCCUCCUCCUGUUGCUCUACUGGAUGCCAGAGUGGUGCGUCAAAUCCACCUGCACCCGUACCACAGCUCGAGAUGCUAAAGUCGUUUUGAUGCGUUCCACGGAUGAGUUCCGGCGCUGGUUCCUGGCCAGGGUUCGAGUGAUGCUGGCCCCAGGGAGCAACCCCUUCCACAGCCUGGACACCCAGACCACCUCCCCCUCCUCCCUGUCCUCCCCUUCCUCUCCCUCCCACCCCUUCUCCUCCCAUGCCUCCCCCCCUCUGGCCAACGGACAUAGUCCCCAUCCCUCCGAUGGCAGCCCCGCUCAAGAGCUAAUCAGUAGAUUUUCAUACUACCAGCCCAUACAGAUUCGUUAUUUUACCUUCCAUAGCACAAAGUAUUAUUGGAACGAAGAGCUGCAGAACUUUGAAGUUUUAAACGGCCUGGAGGAUCUGCAGGUCAGCUGCUCCACCCUCCACUCUGAGCACAGUGCAGGCCUGACCAGGAACCAGCAAGAGUACAGGAGAUUGUUCUUCGGAGUGAAUGAAAUUGCAGUGAAAGUGCCUUCUGUUUUCAAGCUGCUUAUCAAAGAGGUCCUCAAUCCUUUCUACAUCUUCCAGCUCUUCAGUGUGAUCCUGUGGAGUGCCGAUGAGUAUUACUACUAUGCUGUGGCCAUUGUUUUCAUGUCGGUCAUAUCCAUAGCUACCUCUCUGUACACCAUCAAAAAGCAAUAUGUCAUGCUUCAUGAUAUGGUGGCAACUCACAGUAUCGUCCGUGUGUCUGUAUGCCGGGCCAACAAAGAUAUCGAGGAGAUCAUGUCUACAGAUCUUGUGCCUGGUGAUGUUAUGAUUAUCCCCAGCAAUGGGACCAUCAUGCCAUGUGACGCCGUGCUGGUCAGCGGCACCUGCAUCGUCAAUGAAAGCAUGCUCACAGGUGAGAGUGUUCCUGUGACAAAGACCAAUCUCCCAAAUCCUGAACCAGGGGAGAGGAGGGAGGAAGCUGACAGUGCCUACAGCACAGAGGAGUAUAAGAGACACACACUCUUCUGCGGCACCAAUGUCAUCCAGACCCGUUUCUACACAGGUGAACUGGUCAAGGCUGUUGUGGUCCGCACAGGUUUCAGCACAGCCAAAGGCCAGCUGGUGCGCUCCAUCCUUUAUCCAAAACCCACCGACUUCAAGCUGUACCGUGAUGCCUACCUCUUCCUGUUGUGUCUGGUGGCUGUGGCUGGAAUUGGCUUUGUCUACUCCAUUGUCCUCAGCAUCAUGAACAAGGUGCCAGCCAAGACCAUCAUCAUUGAAUCUCUGGACAUCAUCACUAUCACUGUGCCACCAGCGCUGCCCGCCGCAAUGACAGCUGGCAUAGUCUACGCCCAGCGACGACUCAAAGACAUCGGCAUUUUCUGUAUCAGCCCACAGAGGAUCAAUAUCUGUGGACAAAUCAAUCUGGUCUGUUUUGACAAGACUGGAACUCUGACAGAAGAUGGGUUAGAUCUGUGGGGAGUUCAGAGGGUUGAGAACGGAAGUUUCCACUUGUCAGAGGAAAAUGCCUAUAAGGAAAACCUUGUCAAGUCCCAGUUUGUGGCCUGUAUGGCCACCUGCCACUCUCUCACCAAAAUAGACGGCCAGCUGUCUGGAGACCCACUAGACCUAAAAAUGUUUGAGGCCACGGGCUGGGUCCUGGAAGAGGCCACUGAGGAGGAAACAGCCCUCCACAAUCGUAUCAUGCCCACUGUGGUUCGACCCCCAAAACAACUGUUGCCCCCGGAGCCCGCUGCAUCACCAGACCAGGACAUGGAGUUAUACGAGCUAUCCACAGCGUACGAGAUCGGUAUUGUCCGCCAGUUUCCCUUUUCCUCAGCACUCCAGAGGAUGAGUGUGGUGGCCCGUCUGCUGGGGGAGAAACGCAUGGAUGCUUACGUAAAGGGCGCACCAGAGGUGGUGGCUAGUCUUUGCAGGAAAGACACAGUGCCAGAAAACUUUGCGGAGGUUUUGGAGGGCUACACCAAGCAGGGUUUCAGGGUCAUAGCUCUGGCUCAUCGUCGACUUGAAUCAAAACUCACCUGGCACAAAGUCCAAAAUGUCAACAGGGAUCACAUCGAGACAAACAUGGAGUUCCUUGGUCUGAUCAUCAUGCAGAACAAGCUCAAGGCUGAAACCCCGGCGGUUCUGCAAGACCUCCGCCAAGCACACAUCCGCACUGUCAUGGUUACCGGUGACAACAUGCUGACCGCCAUCUCUGUGGCCCGAGACUGUGGGAUGAUCCCUCCCCAGGACACAGUGAUCAUUGCUGAUGCCUUCCCUCCACAUAAUGGACAAGCUGCCAAGAUCACCUGGCGAUAUGCUGACAAACCAAGCAAGACACCUCGCCUGGAGGAAGUGACAAUCAGUCUGGGGGAUAAUUUCCACAUAGAUGAGCAAAAACCACAAGAGCUGUACCACUUUGCCAUGAAUGGAAAAUCAUUUGCUGUCAUCGAGGAACAUUUCCCUGACAUGCUUCAAAAGCUUGUGCUGCAUGGGACAGUGUUUGCCAGAAUGGCCCCUGACCAGAAAACCCAGUUAAUUGAGGCGCUGCAGGCUGUCGACUACUUUGUGGGGAUGUGUGGAGAUGGAGCAAACGACUGUGGGGCUCUUAAGAGGGCUCAUGGUGGCAUCUCCCUGUCUGAGCUUGAGGCGUCCGUAGCAUCUCCCUUCACCUCCAAGACCCCCAACAUCUCCUGUGUACCCAGCCUCAUAAGGGAGGGGCGUGCUGCUCUCAUCACCUCCUUCUGUGUUUUCAAGUUCAUGGCACUUUACAGCAUCAUCCAGUACAUUAGUGUCACUCUCCUCUACUCUAUCCUCAGUAACCUUGGAGACUUCCAGUUCCUUUUUAUUGACAUUGCCAUCAUUCUCCUUAUUGUCUUUACCAUGAGUUUAAACCCAGCGUGGAAAGAACUAGUGGCACGUCGCCCCCCAUCAGGUCUGAUCUCAGGGCCUCUGCUGUUCUCUGUGCUGACCCAGAUCCUCAUCUGCUUGGGCUUCCAGACCAUCACUUUCCUCUGGGUCCGACACCAGCCCUGGUACACAGUCUGGACACCGCAUACAGAUGUCUGCAACCACUCAUCACACCUCAAUGUGUCUGACCACAACGACACCGAAUUGGAUGACCACAACAUCCAAAACUUUGAGAACACCAGCCUCUUCUAUGUCUCCUGCUUCCAGUAUCUCAUCGUUGCCAUCGUUUUCUCGAAAGGAAAACCUUUCAGACAGCCGAGCUACAAGAACUGGCCUUUUGUGCUGUCUUCCUUCUUUUUGUACAUUUGCCUGCUGUUCAUCAUGUUCUACCCUGUCCAAAGCAUUGAUGAGUUUCUAGAGAUUGUGUGUGUCCCAUUUGAGUGGAGAGUUAAACUCUUCGUCAUCAUCCUCGUCAACGCUGCUGCGUCUGUUUUGAUGGAGACCUUCGUCCUUGACAUCAUCUUAUGGAAGCUUGUAUUCAGCCGAGACAAACAGGGAAGCUUUGUCGACACUCCUGCCGCCCAGACACCACAGAGGGGGAUUAACCUGGGCACAUACAAGUGUCUGUCCUGGCUGUGCUGCCCACGCAAGAUGGCGCCCAAAGCCCGCUACAUGCAUCUGGCCCAGGAGCUCAGUGUGGACCCUGACUGGCCUCCAAAGCCAACCACCACCACUGAAGCCAAGCCACGCCCAGAAAAUGGCUCCACCUAUCACAUCAUGGUCAACUCCUAGCCCCCCCCACGGUUCCUCCUAGUAUCAAAUUGAACUUAACAUGUGUUCAGCGAACACACAUCCAAUCUCUUGAAUUGGGUUGCGACUUACAGCUCAUACUGUAGUUCCAGAGACUGUACAGCUAAAAUCUUACACAGAAGCACCAAAUAAAUCUGAGUCCUCUCAGCACUCUGGCUCAACAACUCAUGUGCUCUCAGGUCUCUCUAGUUUGUGUAAAUGACAUUUAAACAUCAAGUAAUACUAAAUGGAAUCCCCUCUUGGUAUCUGAUCAUUUAUAAAUGCAGAAUCAAAAGAGGGUUGAUAAUACAGGUCAGAUUUGUUGACCUCUGCAGAUGACCUUUUCAGAUCUAUAUUCUUUAAAAGGCGUACAAGUACAAAAUAGAGCCCCCUUGCCAGUCCAAUUCGGAGCUUUCCUCUUACAUUCAUGUGCUGGCACAAUUUCCUAGGAGAAUGUUGAAUGAUUGCUUUUAUGCCAUUAUAUCAUAUCAUAUUACAAUAACUUAUAGACCAUCAAACUAGAUGUCAACUUUUGGUGAAGUUGAAACAAAGUAACUGGACAUAAAGUCUGUUAAAACUAAGGCCCUAAAAAGAACUACCUACUCCGACUGAAACGCCAAGUGAUAGAAGAAAUGGUCUGGAUGAGUCUGAGGAGGGAGGCAGGGAAAGAGGUUGUUAUUAUAAGCGGGAGGAAAUGGUGGAGUGGAGGAUGGGUGGAUUGAUGCAUAGAUACUCUUAGUUGACUUUGAUUGCUACUAUUUAGUGGUCUUUUACAGCUUGGGACUCUUAUUGAAGAGCUAGGAUCAGGGCUCUGUUGGAUGUAGAAGAUUGGAAAUGUUUUAUCGACUACUGUCAUGUUGUUUAUCCACAGAAACCCCGGCAGAGUAUGCACAGUUCUAUACUUUAGACUACUAAAUGAUGACACUUACAAACAUAUGUGAUUGCAUUUUCACUCCUAAUUAGGCUGAAACAUAAUAUGAAUUCAAACAUCAUGUUUUGUAAAAAAGUAAAUGCAUCAAGAGAACAGUGAGGGAGACAUGUAAGUCUUUUUUCAACGACAUGCUGUGGAAGUAUCUCCAUUGUUUAUGUCGGUUUGCUAGAGUUUAGCGUUAUGAUUAUAACAGAGAUUGUUAAGGAGAAAAGUAUUAAAAAAAAAAAAAAAAAAGACUAAAUUAAUUUCAGCUUUGUAAGACACAUAAGCCUCAUGGAUCCUGUGACCUUUCGGUCCAAGUUGAAGUACUAUUUCACGUAUUGUCAUAGGAACGGUUACACACAUUUAUUGUCCAGCUUUUUCAUGUCCUUCAACCAACCGUUUAACAACUGUUCAUUUUUUAACAGGAUAUCUCUGAAACUAAUGACUGAAUUCUCAACAACCGCAGCUGUACUUUCAAAUGAAUGCUAUUUUGAAUGUGAAAUACUGAAGGCUAGCUCAAGUCUUGUUCGACAGGGAACAUAACUCCUUCAGGUGAAACUUUUUGUUUCACUAUUGAGACAUAAUAUUUAAGAACAGCAAACGUGUCUCUCCUUGAGCUCUUUUCUUGGGCCCCUAGUGUACUUAAAAAAGUAGAAUCUUAUAUUUUUGCAUCUAUGAGUCGAGCCCUGUCAGCAUAUUAUGACAUCAGACAGGAAACAGAAAGCUUACAAUGACUUGCAUGAAGCCAGCUACCUAUCAUCAUGUUCUAAAGACUUGAUAGUUUGAAUCCUGAAAAUAUCAUUAAAAUGCAGCAUAACUGUAGAAUUAAGAAACAUUUACAUCAACAUGUCUUCAUUUAAGAGCCGCAUGAAUAUGGAUGGUUACUGUGGAACGUUUACCUCAUGCAUGACAUCAUUAUAUACAUCAUUCAUCUACCUGGUCAUGUCAGAUGAGUUCGAGGAAGCCAGCAGUACUACAAAUAUAUUUCUGUUAAAAAAAAAAAAAAGAAGAAAAUAAUUCUUCCCAUGGAAGACUGAUUUAAAAUGAUGUAAAUUAAGGCAAAGCAUUUAAAUCUCAUCAGCUCGCUGCUCUUCGCACAUUUAAAACAUCCAUGCAACAACACAUGCUGCAUAAGAUGGAUUGACCGUAUAUAAUUGUAUUCAUGCAUUAAAUAUAGGCUACUUGCAUGGAGAGCUAAGGGCUAUAUUGUAUGUUCACUGCUCCUUCAUUUGAAUUUAAGGUGUUGUUUCCCAAAAGCCUUUUUCAGUUUCAAACACUUACUUCAUCACGUGGCGGGUACUGAAUUCUAAAAUGUUUGUUUUAUCAGUUUACGAGGCAGUUGACAUUAAAGUGACAUUAGAGGAUUCAU